GGCUUCGCUUCUACCUGGCUGUUCAGAGUUCCUGUCGGUUAUAUGAAAGAGGAUGAAUACUAAGAACAUGGAAUAUACAUGUUGCGCGUUUGUCUACGCGUACACUACCUAGCUGUGCAGUGCAGAGACGUAAAUAGCCUAUUUCGGGUCAAGCACGACUUUUUUCGCUCCAAAAAGAAGUGCCGAGAUCAGAGGGUAAACAUCCGAAAUGUCCGAGCUGUCUGGGAACAUGUUUUGGUUAACAGCAUGCUUAUAUGCCAUUAAUAAACAAGCUUUUGCGUAAGGAAGCUUGACUUUAAGACGAAGGAGACAAAUUAUCGCCAGCCAACUUGAGGAAAUCAAGUGUUUUGAUAUGCAGGUGGUUCAGAGCCUUCUUUGCAAGUUCAACGUGUGUUCUGGAAUUCAAUGCAUGGAAGUACUAAGCCGACUGGUAUUCUGCUGCAAUCAAUCCGCUUUUACUGGAUGAACCAACUGCUCUAGCUCAAUACCACCGCAUCUAAGCGUCAUCCAGGGCUUUGAGAAUAUAUGGAGCAUGAAGGUGGCGGUAGACAAGUGCCGAAGCUUGAAACGUAUUUCAACGAUAUUAAUAAUUUAUGAGCCCCUUAUUAAUAUCUUAAGCCAUGCGUAAAGGCUCAGAUGCUGCCUUGUGCGCAGAUACGAAGCUUGAUCUGGCAGGAGUCUAUAGCAACCCUUUUUUCUCUCGGGACCGAAAAAUACGUAGGGCGCGCACCAGUGGGUAGGUAGCUUCAUUUAUGAUUUUUUCCAAGUGAACAUAUUAAGGAACAUGUUUCGUUCUCAUAGGAAGUUUUCUCCUUACUCACUUCUCUCUAAUUUACAUUCUUUUUACAAUGAAGCAAUUUACUUCUCAAGUCCUUGGGGCUGCCGCUCUCGCUCAUGGUGCCUCAGCACAACUUUACAACCAAGUAAUUCAAACCAACUACGGACCUGUUCAAGGUAUUCCUGCCUUUAACUCUUCCCCAAAUGGCAACAUUUCAAACUGGGAGGAUAUCACCGUAUGGAAGGGUAUUCCAUAUGGUGCCGAUACCUCUGGCGAGAACCGAUGGACGGCUCCAAAGAAUGCAACACCUUGGAAUACCACUCUUCAAGCCAGUAAGAUGGGUCCAAUUUGCGGACCAGGUAACCCAUCUACAACUGGUGGAACUGUUAGCGAAGACUGUUUGAACCUCAAUAUUUGGUCUAAUGGUAACUCUACCGACGCCAAGCUUCCAGUUGUCUUUUGGUCAUUCCCUGCAGGUGGUGCUGCCGAUCAACCUUUGUUCGACGGUGCCGGAAUGGCGUCUCAAGGCAUUGUGUUUGUCAAUUACAACUACCGUAUUAGUGCUCUUGGUUGGCUUUCAACCCCAGAGCUUUCGGAGGAAAUGUACAAAGCUACUGGAUCUAACAGUUCCGGAAAUUGGGGUCAGCUUGAUCAAAUCCACGCUUUGAAAUGGGUGCAUGCCAACAUCGCUGCAUUCGGUGGUGAUCCAGACCAUAUCACCGUCAUGGGCCAAUCCGCUGGCUCAGCUGCUGUCUACCACUUCGUCAACAGUCCAUUGACAAAGGGGCUCAUUGUCGGAGCCAUCGCCGAGUCAGGAACCCGUGAUCCAUACGAUCCUGAGGCCCUUACUCUUGCUGAGAAUUAUCGCAACCAGUCUUAUGCUCUCGAGUCUGGCUUAGCAUAUAUGGCAUCCAAGAAUGUUAGCACCAUUGCUGAGAUGCGAGCUCUCCCUCUCGCCGAUCUCGAAGAACCUCUCUUCGGAUCCACUUUCUCCGACAACUUCGGCAAUGUUCUUGAUGGCUAUGCUAUCCCCGCCAAAUACAUUGAGACACUUGCCACUGGCCCAGCAAACGAUGUUCCAUACAUCACUGGAAACACCAAAGAUGAAUCCGGAGCAGCUACAAGCACUAAUCUCACAGUUGCCGAGUAUGAGGCCGAAAUCGAAGCACAAUACGGUGCUUACAAUCUCUCAUCCACAUUCUUGGAACUUUACCCAGCUUCAAACACCACUCAAGCAAGUAUGGCGUAUAAUGCUCAUUGGCGCGAUACUUCUCGUGUCUCCAGUUGGUCUUUCGCCAACCGCUGGUCUGUUAAGUCUAAGUCACCUUUCUGGACAUACUACUGGGAUCAUGCUCCUCCAGGACAAGAUCAAGGCGCUUACCAUGAGUCUGAAAUCAACUAUGUUCUUAACAAUCUGUACGGAACCGACAAGCCAUGGGAAGCUGUUGAUUUCGAAAUUGCGCUCAAGAUGAACGGAUACUGGGCGAACUUCGCAAAAACUUUGAACCCUAACAACGGAGGCUCUUACAGAGGAAAUGGAACCUUGCCACAAUGGAAUGCCAAUUCCAAGACGGACAUGGUGACUAUGGAAGUUGGAGAUGGAUUUGGAGAGGUUCCUAUUGGCAGUGCAGACCAAGUUGCUGCUAUUACCAAGUACUUUUCCUUCCAAAACCCUGUUUAGAUGAUGUAUGAUUAUUUAUGUGUUGGGUGAUCUAAUUGGAUCUUUACUCAAUACUUUCUGUAUAUAUAUUCAUUAAAAAAGCAAAAGCACUCAGCGAAUGAGCGAUUCAUUCUUGUUUAUAUAUAGCAUUCAAUUCAAGUCAACAUGAGAUACGAUUGUACUCA